AUGGGCACCGUAAUGGACGACCGUCCCGGCGACGGUCCUGCAGCUCGCGAUGCCUCCACCUCCGCCGACGCCGCCGCGUCCCCAAACCCUACCUCCGUUUCCGCCGCUGUUUCUUCCGGGAAGCGCAAAGAGCGGGAGGAAGGCGCGGGGGAUGGCGCAGACGGCGGCGAGCAGUGGGAGAACCGCGGAACUGGGGGAACGGCGGAAGCAGCGUCUGGGAGGAGUAAGGGGGAACGGGCGGAAGGGAGAACUGCGGGGGAAGCGGAAGCGGAAGCGGCGGCGGAAGCGGCGGAGGGGGAGGAUCUGGGUCCGGUUGUGGGGCCCGUGAUUCCCAAGGCGAAGAAGAAGAAAAAGCCGCUGGUGUUCGAACGCGUGUACCUGGACGCGCUUCCAUCCGCUGAGAUGUACGAGAAGAGCUACAUGCACCGUGACUGGGUCACGCACGUGGCCGUCUCAGAUGCUGAUUUCUUCAUCACAGGCAGCAGAGACGGUCACCUCAAGUUCUGGAAGAAGAAGGCAGUGGGGGUGGAGUUUGCAAAGCACUUCCGAGCACACCUGGGGCCGGUUGAAGGGCUUGCAGUGAGUGGGACGGUGUGGGCGUAUGUGGACAAAGCAGCCAAGAUCUUUGAUGUGGCAACCUUCGACAUGAUCUCAAUGCUCAAGCUGCCCUUCGAGCCAUCCGCCGUCUGCUUCCUCUUCAAGCCCGACAACGCUAUAGCGAAACUCGCUAUAGCGGAUAAGAACUCGCCCGAGAUCCACGUGUUUGAUGCGCGCGGCGGCACGAACGAGCCCGUGGGGAGGGUGAGGGUGCAUGGGGCACCGGUGGUGGUGAUGCAGUUCAAUGUGACGGCGAAUGUGGUGGUUUCGACCGAUUCGAGUGGAAUGAUCGAGUAUUGGAGUGCAGACACUUACACGUUCCCUUCAUCAAGUGUGUGCUUCAAGUACAAGACAGACACGGACCUCUAUGCACUAGCAAAGGCCAAGACCACAGCUCCUUCACUGGAGAUUUCCCCGGACGGCUCUCAGUUUGCAACAGUGUCACCAGAUCGGCGAAUCCGAGUGUUCUGGUUCGCCACCGGAAAGCUGAGAAGGACUUAUGACGAAUCACUGGAGGCAGCACAGGAGCUACAGAGGGGGGAUGUGCCUCUGUACCGGCUAGAUGCAAUUGACUUCGGGAGACGGUUGGCGGUGGAACGAGAGAUGGAGAGGGAGCGGGAGAGCAAUGAUGAUGUGCCGUCGCCUAAUGCUGUCUUUGACGAGACGGGCAAUUUCAUCAUUUACCCGACGCUUUUGGGGAUAAAGGUGGUGAACCUGCACGAGAACAAGGUAGCACGGAUCCUCGGGAAAGUGGAGAGCAACGAACGGUUCCUCCGCAUUGCGCUAUACCAGGGAGGCAAGGCAGCCAGGCGGAUAAGGAAGCUGGCUACAAUCGCCAACUCGCAGGACGCCAAGGGCGGGCCUUCUGUGGAUCCCACUGUGAUCGCCUGUGCGUUCAAGAAGCACCGCUUCUACCUCUUCAGUCAGCGGGAACCAGAGGAGGGAGAGGAGCCAUCACAGGGAAGGGACGUGUUUAACGAGAAGCCUCCACCGGAGGAGAUGCUUGCUCUGGCGGAUGUGGCGAGAAUUGGAGCGUCUGCUUUGCCCGACAGUGUGGUCAUGCACACGACCAUGGGUGAUAUCCAUCUGAAAUUGUACCCAGAGGAGUGCCCGCGAACAGUCGAAAACUUCACUACCCACUGCAGCAACGGCUAUUACGAGGGGCUGAUCUUCCACCGCGUGAUCAAGGGCUUCAUGGUGCAAACCGGCUGCCCCCUGGGCGAUGGCACGGGCGGCCAGAGCAUCUGGGGCGGCGAGUUUGCAGACGAGUUCCACAAGAGUCUGCGUCACGAUCGCCCGUUCACGCUAUCGAUGGCCAAUGCAGGUCCCAACACCAACGGCAGCCAGUUCUUCAUCACCACUGUCGCCACGCCCUGGCUUGACAACAAGCACACCGUGUUUGGGCGCGUGGUUAAAGGCAUGGACGUCGUACAGCUUAUUGAGAAGGCCAAGGUGGACCGGAACGACAAGCCAUACGAAGACAUCAAGAUUCUCAAUGUCACUGUCCCCAAGUAG